AUGAAGAAGCUCAAUGACUGUACCCGAACCCUCCUUCACAACCUGCAAACCCUUAAGCUCACACAUCGACUCGACACCGAUAUACGACGAGGAACGAGUCCUCACGUUAUCAUGCACCCAAUGAUACGGGUGCUUUCGCCGCCAUAUUUCGUAUCACCGAGGUCUGCCACAACUCUCCUUAAACGACGCUCAAAAUUCAACCCCACCAAUGAGGUUCAACUGAGAUCCAUAUUGAAGUGUGUUUUCGGUUGUUGUAAUGGCCUGCUCUUAUGUGGAAACCCACGCCGAUAUCACAAAUGUAUAUACUAUGUUUGCAACCCACUCACCAAAGAAUCGAUAGAGCUACCUUGUGCUCCAAGUAAUUGCGAUCCCAAUGGUGUUCUUGUGGGAUUCACCUGCGAUCCUUAUUAUCAUAUUGAAGAAGACAAAGUGUCUAUUGUUGCUCCAAAACGCCUAUUUAGGGUUGUGAACAUUCCUGCUUUUUCUAACACAAAAACUACUUUCAACGUUGAGGUUUUUUCUUCUGAAACCGGAAAAUGGAAUGAACAUGUUUUGUUAUGCCCAAAAGGAUUUUCUUGUGGGUUUUCCCUUACAUCAUCGUGUGUUGCACAUGAUGGGGUGUUAUACUUCACAAGUGGAAGGAAGAUUCUUAUAUACAAUCCUUACAAAAAUGAACAAGUUGCUUCUGUGAUUGAUCAUCCUAGUGAAUUUGGUGAAGCAUAUAGAGGGUGUGUUGGUGUUUGUUGUGGAAGUUUACAAUUAUCCGAGUUUCCAAUUUCACGUUCUAACAAUGCUAACAUUCGUCCUUAUAGUGGUAGAGUUUGGGAGUUAGAUUCUCAUCAAGAAUGGCAAAUAGUGCAUGAGUUUUAUAUUCCUGAUAUUAUCGGAUCAAUUUUUGACAAGUUACAAGCCAUAGAAAGAGAACAUGUUAGGGGAAGUAGCAGAAUUCUCGCCUUCCAUCCAUAUGUUAAAGGUACCAUAUUUUUGGAAUUUGGCGAUCAUAUUAUUUGUUGUAAUCUACUAACUCAGGAAUUCAAGGCAUCAAAAUAUGGUGGCCUCUCUUUGGGAUUUUUGCCUAUUACUCCAGUUAAUAAUCAUGAUGCUGCCUUUGGAUAG